GAAGCAGCCAAAAAAUUUAUUUUUACUGGAAGUGCAAGUGCUCGACUCCGAGGGAUUCAUGGCGGUCAGUCAAUUGAUCGAAUGAAUAGCCGGGAUGACAGAGGCAUAAAGUCAUUGCUGAGCACCGAAAGAAGUUUUCCGAUAACUCGAAAUGAGAAAAGGUCCUUGAAAGGUGUACAAGUCAAUUUACCGACGUGUGAACUGCCGGAUGUGGAGGAAUGGAGCGAAGACAACACGAACGGUGACGGCGUGAAUUCCACCGAUCGAAGGCAUUCCGCCGAGGCUGCCCUGCUUUCUGUCCAUGAAAAUAAUGCUGGUUUGUUUACCCACUUCAUUAAUAAAAUAUAG